AUGUCGUCGUCGCAGACCAUGACAGCGCCAGCGGUGGGCCAUCGACCUCCUCCUAAUGCCGGCCCUGAUAGUACUAUGUCCCUUUACGAUCAUGGCGGUCCUCACUCCGACCACAGCCCUGCCUCCCCGCGCAGCGACUCCUCCGCAAUCCGCGCCCUGCACGAUUCUGCCUCCGAUCACCCCGACCUCUCUCCUCCCCCCAACGGCCUGCCCACCACCCUCGACAUGAUCGGGAUCAAAACCGAGCCGGAGGAUAUGGAUGUUGAGUCGGGGGCUGCUGGUUCCGCGGGGGAUGAGCGCCAGAACGACCUGAGACGGCAUUCCGCCAGCGCGCUUCUCGCUCAACUUCUCGGGAACCACCAGUCUUCUUCUUCUUCCGCCCCCGUCGACCAGCACCAUCUUUCCGCGGACCAGUCCCAGGGACAACAACAACAACAACCACAACAUCAACAUCAACCAAACGACUUUGACCUCGACAAGAAGAACUUUGAAUCGAAUGAUCAAUCGUUGAGCAAUGAUCCUACUCCUGCGGGAAUUGAUGUCUCUGCAGCGUUGCCCAUGGCUCAUGAUCAGAUCGCAAUAUCAGACGAAUUGCCGGGCGGUCUUUUACACGAUGAGCACAGGCCCGCGGGUGAAGAUCAUGAAUUGUCCUUCCCAAACCCCGAUCCCGAUGGACAUGGUUUACCUCAUGCGUCAGAUCUGGCUAACAGUCUAUCCGAUCCCCUGAUGUUGUCCAAAGAUCACCCCGACCUCUUCGCCUCUUUCGAUAUUGACUCGUCGAAAAACCCCUUUGAAGCGUUACAGCAUAAUGAGAUGCUUACUGCGGCCUAUCUUUCCCAGAGCGCGGAUCUCUCCGCCCUGGGAUACUCCGGGGGUUUGCAGGAUGCAGGAUCGAUCUCUGGAUCCGAACCUCGUAUUCAAGCGUUUGCGAAAUUGGAAUUCGACGAUGGACAUUUCUACUGCAAUACUUAUUCUUUUAUCCUCGGGCGAGAUGUACGAGCGGCGAGAGCGGCCCAUCAACGGGAAUACCAGGCGAGACAGGCGAUGAGAACUUCUCGACCAAAGAGUUCCAGUGGUGGCAACGCAUCGCAUACGCCAAUUCGUGUGAAGCAUGAGGGGAGCGGCAUUCUUGGAAGUGUUGUCAGUGAUCGCGGUGGUAUUAUGGGCUUUGAUCCUGACGUGCCUCAUCUCCCCUUAAGUCGAAGGUCGUCGAAUUCGUCUUUUGCCGAACCGGCCCAACUGCAUGCUACUCCAGCCCAGCUGCAGUCGACUACCGACUACAAUGCUCUUGCGAUGCAGUCUCUGAAUGAAGGUGGUAAUGAUGCGAAACCUGUUGAUGCGUUGGCCUUGCUCCCUUCCCCUGACUCCUGUCCAACUAUCCCGAUCCACCCUCCUGCCACUGUUGACGGUAUUGCCGCUGGGCAUCGGGGAAUCUCUCGUAAACACGUCAAGAUUGCAUACAACUUUGACAAGAACCUUUUUGAGAUGGAAGUGAUGGGAAGAAAUGGUGCAUUUAUCGGCGCCGAUUGGCUGUCACCGAGCCAGAUCAGACCUCUACACAGUGGCGAUUAUAUUCAGAUCGGAGGAGUGCGCAUACGAUUUUUGCUCCCCGAUGUUCCGAUUGGAGAAACAGGUGCUGAGAGAGCCGAAGAAACUUAUGCGGAAGAUGAUGAAAAUGCCCCGGCUUCGGUUGGUCUCGAGAAUGAUGAGGAAAGCGAGAAACGUGGAAGCGAUGUGGACAGCAAAGAUACAAAGGUUGCCAAGCUGGUACUGAAGACCAAGGACCCCGACCUUGCCAAACCAAUGCCUUCUAUUGAAGGGUCUGGUGACAGUUCUCAACAACCGGCACGUCGCCGGGGCCCAGGGCGGCCUCCCAAGGAUGGUAUCAUGUCCAAACGGGAGCGCGCAGAGCUGGCCAGAGAACAGAAGCUGGCUGCCAAACGGGAAGCAAAUGGAGGUGUCACUCCUCCUCCCCCUUCCCAGCAGCCGCAGCAACAGCAGCAGCAGCCACAGCAACCAAACAACCGACCGAAGGCUGGAAAGACACCCAAGGAAUCUGGUGGUGCCGAAUCUCCCGGGUCCAAGCCGGAGAAGCGCAAGUAUACCAAGAGGAAGAAGCCCGAUGGCACGCCCAUGGACACUCCUUUGCCUACGACCGAAGGCGCCCAGUUCCCUAUGGAACAGCGUCCGGAAGAGUAUAUCAAGGUACCUCCUGUAAAGAAGCGCAAGCCAUCGCGUUCGCCAUCGCCCAACUAUCCUCCCGAGUCAGCGUACACGCCGGAGGAUCUUGCAAAGCCUCCCUACAACUAUGCUGUUCUUAUCUUCGACGCUCUUACGGAAGCAGGAACGCCAAUGACGCUCAAGCAGAUCUAUCGCGCCUUGAAGCUGAAGUACCCCUAUUUCCGCUUCAAGUGUGAGACGGAGGGGUGGACGUCCAGUGUCCGGCACAAUCUGAAUGGCAACAGCCAUCUCUUCAUGCACGCUGAGCGAGAUGGUAAAGGAUGGUCGUGGCAGCUCCGGCCAGGAGCAUCUGUCGAAAAGGAGAAGAAGAGACGACCAUCGCCUCCUCCGCCCUCAUCGCAGACUCCAGCACCGCCUCCUCCGCAACAAUACAUGCCUCCAUUGAACCAGACCUACGCAAGUCCGCCGACUGGUCAAACGAAUAUGGCCAGCCAGCACUUCCAGUUUCCUUCUAUGCCAACAAAUCCUUACUCUGCUCCACCACCCACACAAGCACCUGCCCCGACACCUGCUCCUGCACCUCCACCCGUUGCAGCUCCGGCUCCAGCUCCAGCUCCAGCUCCGGCACCAUCACCUUUUCCGAUACCCAGUCCAAUCCGAAACAAUCUCCCUGCCGCUUUCGCUCAGACUACACCAUCUACCUACACCUCCCCUUAUGCAUCCGAUCCACCGCCGCAGCUGGCUCAAUUCCAGCACCCGCAUGCCAUGCCGCCACCGCAGCAGCACCAAUCACCUUACCCUCCGCAACAUCCCCCGCCGCUGCCAACGCUCAACCCACACCCUCCCAGCCUCCCACCAAAUCCUGGGCCUCCGAUGCCGCAGCCGCCAAAUCCAAAUCCAGCGCCGGUUGAGCCAAGUCCCGCGCCCAUGCACCAGCCCGAGUCGUCCUCGUUCAAUGAUCGGGCGAACAAGGCUAUUGAUGACUUUGAGGCCGUUCUCAUGGAGGACUAUGAGGAUAAGAACUACAUCCGCGAGGUGCUCAAGAGCGCACGUGCCCGGGUGCUGGGAGAGAGCACGGAAAGCUCAUUCCCUGGGGGCGAGCCCAAAGACGAGGCGGUCAUUGUGGAUGCGCUUAGCAGCCUGAUUGGGAGCUUAAAGGACGAAUAG